GCCGUGGCGGCGCGCGGUCCGGAUGCGGUGCCUUUGGCUGGCUGACAUCAUUGCUCAUUAGCAUGCAGCAGAGGAGAGCAAUGCAACAGCAGAGCCCCGCGCCGCUCCCGCAAUUCCUCUCCGCGGGCUGCAUCUCUGCUCCUUAGCUCCCGGCGCUCGCAGAGCAAGUCGGACAUCCCACUGCCACCGCCAAGGGUCACGGAGGGGAAGGCAGCUCGGGGGGCUGCUGGAUUCAGCCGGGCUGGGAGCAGAGAGGGAGGCAGCCCCCCGGAGCUGCGAUUCGAGCGAGGCGAUGGAAGCGAAAGCUUGAUGCGUGGGGCAGGAGCAGCGCGGUUUUCCACGGGUGAUUUUCCCCGCUGCUACGCCACGUUGAGCGCGAGCCUGCUGUGAGUGCUCCAACCAGAGCCCUGCUGCUUGCCUCACCGUCGCCCCGGCCGGGCUGUUGGGCUGCUCUGCGAGCAUCCAGGAUGCUUUAUUGCACUGCGGCGCUCACGGCGUGCCGGGGAGCAGCUCGCCAGCCCAAAGCGAGCUGUCACAACUAACACCGUCAUCGGCGGGGACAGGAAGAUUUGCCUUCACUGUAAGUGCUCCCAGGAAGAGCACAUCGUGACAGUUAUGCCUUUGGAGAUGGAGAAGACCGUCACCAAGCUCAUGUUCGACUUCCAGAGGAAUUCCACCUCCGACGACGACUCGGGCUGUGCCCUGGAGGAAUAUGCGUGGGUGCCCCCCGGCCUGAAACCCGAGCAGGUGCACCAGUACUACAGCUGCCUCCCAGAAGACAAGGUCCCCUACGUCAACAGCCCAGGAGAAAAAUCUCGCAUCAAGCAGCUUUUGCACCAGCUGCCGCCACAUGACAAUGAGGUCCGCUACUGCAAUUCGCUGGAUGAGGAGGAGAAGAGAGAGCUCAAACUCUUCAGCAAUCAGAGGAAGAGGGAAAACCUAGGGAGAGGCAACGUCCGGCCGUUCCCUGUAACCAUGACGGGAGCCAUCUGUGAGCAGUGCGGUGGGCAGAUCAACGGCGGGGACAUGGCUGUCUUCGCCUCGCGAGCUGGGCAUGGUGUUUGCUGGCACCCUCCUUGCUUCAUCUGCAGCGUCUGCAACGAGCUGCUGGUCGACCUGAUCUACUUCUACCAGGACGGCAAGAUUUACUGUGGCAGGCACCAUGCUGAGUGCCUCAAGCCCCGGUGCGCAGCAUGCGACGAGAUCAUUUUUGCCGACGAGUGCACCGAGGCCGAAGGGCGGCACUGGCAUAUGAAGCACUUCUGCUGCUUCGAGUGUGAGACCGUGCUGGGGGGGCAGAGGUACAUCAUGAAGGACGGCCGGCCCUACUGCUGCAGCUGCUUUGAGUCCCUCUACGCCGAGUACUGUGACACCUGCGCCCAGCACAUUGGUAUCGACCAGGGCCAGAUGACGUACGACGGCCAGCACUGGCACGCCACCGAGACCUGCUUCUGCUGCGCGCAGUGCAAGAAGUCCCUCCUGGGCCGGCCCUUCCUGCCCAAGCAGGGGCAGAUCUUCUGCUCCAGGGCCUGCAGCGUCGGCGACGACCCCAACGGCUCCGACUCCUCCGACUCGGCCUUCCAGAGCGCGCGGGCCAAGGAGUCCCGCCGCAGCGCCAAGAUCGGCAAGAACAAGGGGAAGGCGGAGGAGGGCGCGCUGAGCCAGCUGCAGGUCACCUCCAGCCGCCUCUCCGCCGACGUGGACCCGCUCUCGCUGCAGAUGGACUUGCUGAGCCUGGCCAGCCAGACGCCGAGCCUCAACAGGGAGCACGUGUGGCGGAGCAGGGACGAGCUCUACCACUAUGGGAGUAAAAUGGAGCAGGGGCAGUCCCAAAGCCCUCUGCAGCUCCUCAGCCAAUGCAAUAUCAGGACUUCCUACAACCCCAGCCAGGUCCCAGGCUCUCAGCCAGAUUUAUGGGGGAAGCACUUCAGCAACCCGAAGAGGAGCUCCUCGCUGGCGAUGAAGGGGCACGGCGGCAGCUUCAUCCAGGACUGCAGAGAGGACUACUAUUCGGGGCGGCUUCGCUCGCAGGAGAGCUACAGCGACAUGUCCAACCAGAGCUUCCCCGAGACCAGAGGAAGCCUCAAAGUCCCCAAGUACGAAGAGGAGGAGGAAGGUGGGAUGCCGACGCCGCAGUGCCGCACCCGGCAUCCCAUCAACGCCCUGAAGUUCACGGAGGACCUGACGCCCACCGAGCAGACUCCUCGCGGCUCCAUGGAGUCCCUGGCGCUUUCAAACGCCACAGGCCUCUCAGCAGACGGCGGAGCCAAGCGCCAGGAGCAUCUCUCCAGGUUCUCCAUGCCCGACCUGAGCAAAGACUCGGGCAUGAACGUCUCGGAGAAGAUGAGCAACAUGGGGACCCUCAACUCCUCCAUGCAAUUCCGCAGCGCCGAAUCCGUCCGCAGCCUGCUCUCCGUGCAGCAGUACCAAGACCUGGAGCCCAACCUGCACAACCUGGCCAGCCCCAUCGGCUACCGCGAGCGGCCGGCGCACGGCCGCCUGCACCAGAGCUUCGACUACGGCAGCGGGGUGCCCGGGGGCAAGCUGGGGGCGCAGGACAGCGCGAGGCAUGCCCCCAUGAGCGAGCGCACACGCCGGCGAACUACCCUGCGGGACGAUGACCGGCACUACCGCCCGCACCGCUCGCGGCGCUCCCGGCGCUCCCGCUCGGAUAACGCCCUGCACCUGGCCAGCGAGCAGUGCUGCCGGCUGAAGGAAAGGCCCUCGCUGCGAGCCAGGGAUGACUACGACCAGUUCAUGCACCAGCGGAGCGGCAGAGAGAGCUUGGAGCAGGGUCCCCGCAGGGACGCCUACGGCCACUGUCCCAGGACGGUGUCGGACCUCGCCCUGCAGAACCACUUGGGCGAGCGCUGGGGGCCCUACUUCGCCGAGUACGACUGGUGCUCGACGUGCUCCUCCUCUUCAGAGUCAGACAACGAGGGCUAUUUCCUCGGGGAGCCAAUUCCCCAGCCUGCCCGCCUCCGGUACGUGACCAGCGAGGAGCUCCUGCACAAGUACGGCUCCUACAGCAUGCCCAAGUCUUCCACCUUGGGUGGCAGAGGACAGUUGCACAGCCGGAAAAGACAGAAGAGCAAAAACUGUAUCAUAUCCUAAUGGCAUCCUUGCCGGGCACCUUCGGAGAAUGUAGAUUAACUCACAAACUUGCACUGUUCUAGACCAUGUAAGCGCUUCUAUUGUAACAAAAAGGCCUGAGGAGUAGGAAUUUGUAAGAAGGUUGUAGACUGGCUUCUAUAAAUAGUCAUAAUCGUGGGCACAGUGAAUAUAUUUUGCACAUCUUACUUUGAAAACAAAAAAAAAAGUUCACUUUAGCCUGUAAUAUUUACCUAGUAGUUUCUCUUCUCUCUCCCGAGUACUGCCACCCGUUGAGUUCUCUUUGCCCGUACGUUUUUGUUACCGCUGCUGGCUACCACCAUCCGUCUGCUGGUAGCUCUUGCUUUCCACCAUGCCAUCAUCUUCCAUGCCCCAAUUUGUUACGUGUUUGUCUCUCAGACAGUGUGGGAGCCUAAGUUAUUUCCAUGAUUGUUGUAAAUGCAAUGUAAAUGAGAGUUUGGAGAAAAUAUUUUUGUAUUUUGUAAUAUCAGAGGAAUUUCUAUAUCUUAGGAGUCACUGGGAAAAUGCAUGUACAUCCUAGCUGUAUCCCGCCAGAGCUGAACAAACAGUACUUUAGCCCCCUUCAACUUACCAUGUCAUCAUCAGAUUCCUUAAGCAUAUCAGUGAGAGUUUGAGUAGUUGUUUUAUUUUUUAAACUCUUUUUUUUUUUUUUUUUCCUGUUUGCUUUGUUCCUGGUAAAUAAAGAGAACAUUUGCUGAUUCAUUAAGUCUUGAAGAGGCCGAGGUGCCACUUUGAAGUCUGCUCACACCUGUGGUCUUUAGGUACACGCUCAGUCAAAUACAGGAGUCCUGACAGCUGCAAAAGUGACUUUUUUUGUUAAAUAGGAAAGAACAGAACUACCAAAUGUCUGCAAAGUUGUAAAUGACCAAAGCUGGAGAAGGAAUUUUACAUCUCUGUAGAGAAUGCUGAAGUUACUAAACGUUGAACUAUUAUUUGGAGUAAAUAAAAGUGUAAAUGGUGCAAUUGUGUGAUGUCAGCAUGACGUUGUUUUGAAUAUAGACUUGUCUUAUGGUGCUCUAGUUUUCCGGGUUAUGUUAACUGCUGUUCAUUACCAAGUGGAAGUCUCAGUAUUGCCUACUGCCUAACACUUCAGAGACCGACUGCAAACUGCUCCUGCCCUGGCCGACCACCGACAGCAUCGCCCUGGUCGAGAGUCGCAUCGGUAGGGCUCAGCCGUGCUGUGUGCUGGUGGACCCGAGUUUUUCCUCCGUGUGCUUUCAACCGUCGGGGUAGCAGCGGGGUCACAGGCAAUGCUGCUUGUGGAAGUGGUCCCUGGCAUCCUCACCACCUCCCAGGGGAAAUUCGGGAGAGCAGAGGGGCCCCAUCUCCUCCCCGCUGCAGGAGCAUCCCCGCAGAGCGCGGGGACCCGACGUUGCCUGCCCACAGCAGCAGCUGCAGGAAAAUCAUGAAGAUGGAUGUCUCCACACCACAAACUAUUGCGAGGAAUUUUUUUGUCGUUUGUAAAGGACAAUGUGAUAAUUAUUAUUCCUUUAAAAACAAAAUGAAAA